AUGCCAGCCCCAGAAGAGGCCUUCACCAUCACGGGCGGGUGCAACUGCGGCGCCGUCCGGUACCGCGUUCAAGUGCGCAAAGCAGUCUACCCACCGCGCAUGUUAUUCCACGUGCCCAGCGUGCGGCCGACCGAUGAGAAAAAUAUCCUGACGGCGACGGGCAUCUGCCACUGUGACUCGUGGAGGACGGGGACUGGUGGCAUCCCGGCAUCGUGGGGGGGCCACGCCGGUGCUGGACAGCGGGGUUCUGAGCCUCGACGGCGAGAAGACGCGCCCGUCGUUCCUGUAGGCCGGAGGAGCCGGCGAUUGGCAGCGACCCAGCAAAUUGCACGUGGCUGGGCUUCUACCGCUUGA